GAAUUACAAGAUGCAGGUCAUCAACGACCAUCAACACACACACUCAUGUGGCCAGAUACAGUAUAGUUUAUACACAAGAGAUUGGAUUACGCCAGAGAGAGAGAUAAACCACCUACGCAUACUGAACUCCAGCACAUACACACUUUCAAACCAGUGGAAACACAGCAGGUUGUCAGUUACAAGCUGACCUUCCAGGCACUUUUGGCCAUCGUUUGUGCGUGUAAGCCAAAAGAAGGACAGAAAGAGAGAAGUGACACGUACACACACAUUCAAAUGUGUCCAGCUGCUCCCUCGGGUGGCUAUUAGUUUGUAAUCGUAAUGAGGAUGAGAGAGUUGGGGAGAGCGGCUUCAGGGCGAGCCACAGUGGAAAACCUGCAGAAAUGAUGUCAGAGCAAUCGCGACCACCGAUUGGAGUGGAGAUUCCCGACGAGAGCCUAUAAAACCGGGAAAGACAACAGCAGGAACCAGCAAAGGCAGAGAACGUGAGAAAUUCCAGGAACUGCACGGUGUCCAUCUGUCCGUCCCCGUGUGACUGAAACCGAAUCUGAUUAAGGAUGCUGGGCUGUGGAUGUGUGCUGCUCUCUGGUCUGCUGACACUGACCUUGUUCCACUGCAGUGUGGAAAGUCUUCACAUACCCCAAGAAAGACCAGAGUAUGUGGAAUCACCUGUCGUGGAGGGCCGCAGUGUCCAGCAAAGCCAAACCGAGCAGAAGGCCUCAGGAGCCGUCAACGCUAAACACCUCCUGCACCACCAGCUGGUCCGACUGGAGAACGACGUCAUCGAGACCAAGAGGAAACGGAGUUUCCCCGGAUCCAACACGCCUCUUGAUCGCCUGUCAAUCAGCACCAUGGAUCCCAAAAGCAACAAGCAAAGAAAGGUUGAGUUGCCGCGGCGACGAGUCAGCGUUCCGAUAGACCGGAUCGGCGUGGGUCGUCUUCCCAAUCCCAACAGCCGAGGAUAGACUCCGCCUGCUUCGACCACGCCCUGACAAACAGAGGGGAAUGUCGCAGGUAGAUGAAAUGCAUGACAAGCACACCAGCCAACACAACUCACUAACCACUGAAUGAUCAGCGCAUUUUUAAUAAUCGCUUUUCCAGAGCUGUUCUUUCUCAUUGAUCACUGACGUAAACUUUCAACGUUUAAUCAAACGGUUUAUUUCCUGUUCGCAUCCAUCAUCAUUUAAAUUCAACUUCUAAACUGUAUUCCUUUUAGAAAAUGAGUUCCGUUUAUGUCAGAGGCAUAGCCAAUCAGAGAGGAAUCUGCUCAUAGCACAUCUCAAUAUUUACUCCUCACGACGUCUCGCUUGCUGUUAUGUACUGUACACAACUAUUGUUAUUUUCUCAAUUUGACUGAAGGCUGUUCAGCCUUGACAAUAAAACAGAUUCAAUUCUACAA